ACUUUCUAACCUCCAAAUUGAAAGACGGUGUAAAUAAGGCAUAAUUGGGAUCCGUGAAAUAAAGUUUAAAAUGAAAGCUAAUUAUCGAAUUCUUCAGAAAUAAUUGGCUAAGCAGGUACAAGAUGCGAUACAUUAUUAUAAGAGAAUUCAAGCCGCAUGACUUACCAAAUAUAUCGGAUAUCGUUAGAAAUGCCUAUGUUUCUAACAUCUAUAAUUCUUGGUUGAAUGUAGUUUUAAGUGAAAUAACUUUUCAAUUGAUCACCUUGGUAUCGGCUUACAUGUUCAUUUUUAUGAAUGUUCCGUUGUACUACUGCCUUUUGUCAGUCCCAAUAGUUUUCACUGUACUUUACGUUGUAAUUUAUGGAUCUGUACUCAUAAAGUCCGCCGAACUCAUAAACACAAAGAAACCAUUACAAUGUUGGGUUGCAGAAGUAAUAGAACCAAUUUUCUCGAGUGGCACGACCCAUGACGAAUACAGAGUGAUCUCAGAGGCUGAUCUUAAUGAAGCAAUUGAUUUGAAAAGGAUGAGAAGAAGGAUGGUAGGAACCGUAGCGGUCAUGAGGCAUACGAAAAGGCAGGAUUGGGCUUGGCUUUUUCGAUUGGCAGUUGAUCAAAGGUUCAGGAAAAAAGGAGUUGCUCUCAAAUUGACAAAGACUGUUCAAGAUUGGUGCAAAAAGAAUAGGUUCAACAAUUUGGAACUUUGCUUUACAGAUUGUCAAGAAGGCGCUAGGCAAGUUUUCGGGAAGGCAGGGUUUGAAGUUUGCCAAAUGUAUCAUCAACGACUUCUGACCAGUGCUUUUACAUUGCAAAUGUACCAGCUGAGGUAUGAAUUGCGAUCUUCAUUCGAAUGAUUUAAAAAAAUUGUUAAAUAAUUUUUCAAGUAUAGAAAAUAUUGAUAUUUAUUUAUUUUGUGACAUAAAAGGAAUGUAAUAUACGUUUUUACCAG